AUGGGGAACAGGAAUAUUUUGGGGUACAGCACCGCGCCCCGGCUCGGCCCCGGCGGCUGUCGGCUCUGCGGGCAUCGGAGCAGGCAAGGCGCUCUGCCCGCGUUCUCCCCAGGGCACCGCGCUGUUUCGGCCCCGCGGGCUCCAGCCCUGCGCGUCCGGAGAGGCCGUGCCGGGCGCGGCUCCCACCCCACCCCUCCUCCCCAUCCGCAGGCGCUGCCCAGGGCGGGACCGCGGCCGCUCCGGGCCGGGUCGCGGCGGGGCGGAGCGGAGCAGGCCCGGCCCCACCCCGCGGCCGCGGCCAUGGUGGCGCGGCUGGUGCUGCGCGGCGUCAGGCGGGCGCUCCCCGCCGCCCCCGGGCCGGGCGCUCGUCGCGGCUGCGGGGAGCUGGCGGCGCUGCGGGCCAUGGGCUUCAGCCAGGAGCAGGCCCGGCGGCUCCUGGCGCUGCAGCCCCGGCUCGGCCCCGAGCACCGGGAGGCGGCGGCGGCGCAGCUGCUGCUGCUCGGGCUGAGCGCCGAGGCCGCCCUGGCGCUGCUGGAGCGGAGCCCGGCGCUGCUGCGGCUGCCCACGGAGCGACUCCGGGAGCGCGCAGAGGAGCUGCGGCGCCUGGGGCUGGACGGAGGCCGGCUGCAGCGGGCGGUGAGCCGCUGCCCGCAGCUCUUCCACGUGCCCCGGAAGAGGCUGGAGGCGGCGGUGCGGCUGCUGCGGGAGCGCUGCCUUUUCACGGCGGAGCAGCUGCGGGAAGUGCUGGGGACCUGCCCCGCCGUCCUGCUGGAGGAGCCGCACACCCUCCAUCACCAGUUCCAGUACGCCUACUUUAGAAUGGGGGUCCAGCAGAAGGAGAUGGUGAAGGCUCGGCUCUUCCAAAUGCCCUUUGCCGAGCUCCGGAAUCGGCACAUCUUCCUGGAGCGCCGGGGGCUCUAUGAGACCCCACACAAAGGACAGACCGAAACUAGUAACCCAAAACUGAAGGACAUCCUUCAGCUCCCAGAGAAAGACUUCCUGGCUAGCCUGGCCUACUCUACCCCAGAGGAGUUUGAGGUCUUCAAGAAGCUGCUGGCUCGAGAGGAGGAGGAGAAGGAGGAAGAGGAGGAUGUGGAUGCACCGUACACAGAGGAUUAUGAUGAUUUGGACAGUGAUGAAAGUAAAACAGCCAGGGAGUGAGGAGGUGAGGCUCCGAGGUGCCAGCCCUCCCCUGCUGCUCUACUCACACUGGGUGCUGCACUCACUGGGUGCUUUGGGCUCCCAUGCCACACCAGCAGAAGCUGGGGUGACUGCAGGGCCCCAUGGGUGGGGUACCAAUAAAUCCCAUCUGUCAAAUACAACAACACUCCUUCCUCCCCCUUGAUCAACUAUUAAAA